GUUUUGUUGUGGUAAUUAAGGUCUCUUCAUUCCUUUCUCUGCGUCCACUCCCAUUCACUGCACUACUGUACCGCUGUCUGUCUGUGUUUUGGACGGCCCAUGAUUGCCAGUUGCGAUGCCUCUCAGAUGGGACAUCACAAACGGCUACAAUGGGCCAAUCCAACACAGAAAGUCAUCAGCAGCGAGACCGGAUGGGAUCAACAAGUCUGGCUUAUGUAAAGAACGCCAGCGUCGACAUCGUCACCAUGCAUCGCUCGCAUCCCUGUUCUUUCUCUCAUCUCUCACGAUGAUGCCUUCCUUCCUUCCCACAGCUUUGCUGUCCCAAUACGUACACAGUCUCACAUAUAACCCCGCGCCGAAAAUGGUGAGGCGCAUUGUCCAUGCUGUGCGUAAGCGGCCUCUGUUUCUGUCGUUGGCAUCCCGGCCCGAGAAGGUGUCACUCCGUUCCGGAUCGAGAAAGGCGUGACAACUUCUCGUCCUCAAGGCCGACGACGGAAACAAUGACGGCCACACAGCAGCAUCUCUCGCAGAACUCAGCGAUUCGAUAAAGUGUUCAAUCGUAGAGGUCAAAAUGCUAAAAGGGAAGGAAGAUGAAUACACUCACCACACACUUGCACCACAGGCACCACAGACAGGCAGGCAGCUCGAUAAAGGAGAUAUGGGGGAAAGAGAGGCAGGCAGGCAGGCAGGCAGGGAGGCACACACCCAGCCUCACACACGCAAAGUGGAUGCCAGCGGAUCGACGAAAGAACACAGCUGCAAUCACACACUGGCUGGCUGCUACAGAGACCCCACUUACACACAGUAAACCUAUCAACCCAUGCUCGCGGUCCCCCACUUACACAUACUCACCACGCCCCUACACGCUCACAGCGAGUCUCGCCACCGUCCUCACGUCCUCGAGCACCACGCCCACGCCCCUCUCUCGCGACCGCAGCUCUACUGCAGGCACCUCGCCACCCACCCACGGAGUCACAUCCCACAGGAAGGCCAUGAUCGCCGCAUCGCUCAGCCCGCACACAUUCAGGGGCACCGGCACCGAGCAGAAGAACGCCGGGGAGAAGCUGCCAGAAGCAACACCCAGCUCGUGCAGGAGGGGAGGGAAGGGAGGGGGCAUCGACGGGGGCCACAACACAUUCGGGUGGAAAGGGGGCGGUCGCCGCUCGUUGCGCAUCUGGAGUGCGUCUGCGGGCAGUGAGGGGUCGCAUCUUGGGGACGAGAGCGCUGGCUGCGGGUGGGGCGGCGACGACAGCAGGAGAGGAUAGUUGUUGCGAUGCGGAUGGGCCUCCGUCAGCACGGGCGUGACAGGACACUCGGUAUCCGAGGACGGGUUGGCCCUGUUGCCGCCACUGCCGUCAUCAUCAGACGCACUAGAGGACCCCGGUCGUCCUGAACCGACCACACCGUCCACCCCCUCACCGUUACAGCCGUUCGGCUCGCGCUGAUGGUCAUCGCCGUCCUCACUCGGCACGUGAACAGUCUCGGACGCUCCAUCCACCGAUGAAGGACACGACGGCAAUGCGUUGUCGUUGUCGGCAUCCACCCUUCCUCCAUCUGCGGUGGGGACGUCGUUCUCUGCCGGCUCGCACGACUCGCGAGGGGACGAUCCGGUCCCAUGAUGAUGAUGCUGAGUGGCGGGGCGAUGGAUAGACGCCCCGAUAGAUGGGACAGAUCCGCCGCUGAAAGUCUCGUUGUUGUCAGCUGACAGAUUGGGGCUCUUCUUGGCCGCAGCGGUUGCCUCCCUUUGGUCGGUCUUGCUGCCCUCCCUGUUGGCGUGUGUGUCUUGUUCCAGGGAUUGCUGGUCCUCAGCAGCACGCUUCUCACCAGCCGCAGCGCCCCUGAUCUCGGUGCGAGGGCUGAUGGCGUUGAGAGCGAGAGGGGGCAGUGUCAGCUCCACAAUCGCGGGUCUCUCGUUCUCGGCCGUUCCCUGCCGUGUAUGCGCAUGGCCGGCACUGCGUGCAGGACUUCUCCUGUCGCCAUGGCCUUGGUCGAGACCAGCGGUGUCGCGAGGAGGGGCAGGUGUUGCGCUGCGUCUCGGAAGGGCCGGUGGAGUCGUGAAGGUAUCGGGUGAGCGAGGGGUGUGGUGGCCAGAUGCUCGCAAUUGACGCAGCUGGGAGGUCAACAAGAGCACCUGUAUGCUGUGAGCUGCACGCAUGUAAACCACACGCACCAAAAAUGCAGGACAGAUGGAUAUUGACUGGUGGCUGUAUGAGUCGGCGCACCUUGCACAGCGUCUUCCGCAACCCUCAUAGCGGCAUGGUGAUGCCUCUCCUCGAUCACUGAUUGUCACAAUCACAUCAACAACACGCACUAGAUCCGUCACCAUGCAGCCCACUUUCCCUCUCCACCCCUCCCCGCCUACAUUUGCCCUCCUUCAGCAGCCGAGCCAGGAUGCAUCCACGCAUCAGCGCCUUCCGCCACCGACUCGCCUCUCGCUGCGAUGGGGCGAAGAAGGCAAACUUGGGGCUCUCGGCACGUCUGAAGGCAUCGAUGAUCCGCAGAUCUUGGUCAUCCUCUUCCCCGCUGUGGUGACUGGAUGUCAGGGAGGGCGCGUGGGAAGGUGCGCAUGAGUGUCCGGUGCUGUGGAGGGAGUCGCCAUUCUCCUCGUCAAUGUCAGCUGUCGAGGGGAGGGUGAUACCCUCGGGUACGUCAAACACCAGCACACAGUUUGGGUAACCUGCGCACAGUGAAAACCCGGAUCAGCGGAUGUGAGUAUCCCCUGUGAGCUGUCUGCCUGCCUGCCUGCCUGCCUUGAGUACCGUGGAAGCGCUUUGGACAGCAUGCAGUAGACGAUGUACUCAAUAUCUUGUAUCCGCGAGGCUGGGUGAGGUAGCCUCGUGUGAAGUACAGUAGUACCGUGUUGCACAAGAUCACGUGCCGCUCAACCCACGCAUCUGCAAGGCAGGACACACACGUAUGCGUUUCCUGCAGCCUCUUGUGCGUGUGUUUCUCAUGCUCACAGGGACGAUUGUUGCCUCUCUUGAUCAGGGUGCCUGUGAGGUAGACGUCGUACACAGGCCAGUCGACUUCCAUCGACACGAACAUGCGCGACGGCUCCUCGCCAUCGCCAUCGCCAUCGCCAUCUGCCAUGGGGGAAGAGGGGGAAGUGGGGGAGAUCUGCGUCCGAGCUGUGGGGGCAGAAGCCGAGACGCCGCAGAAGCCUUCGAAUCU